AUGCUCUCCUCUCAGUGCCUGAUUCAGUCCAAGAGACAAGACAGCAGCAGAUGUGUGGCACUUCCCAUGAGAGUGACAACUCCCAUCACAGCAAAAAGAGAUGUCCGCUCAUUAAGAUGCUCUGUUGUGGACAGUUACAACCUGGCUAUUGGAAAUAAUAGUGACCGUAGCCUAUUCUGCAAGCUCAAAAUGAAGUAUGCCAUGUUUGAUGAAGGCCACUUACUGAAGAACAUGAACUCGCCACGCUACCGACACCUCUUGGCCAUCAACAUAAGAUCACCACGACUACUGUUUAACUGCCCCUGCCCCCCUCAGGCACUCAGGUUACUCUUUCUUGCUUGUUUCACCCUUUAGCUUAACUUCAUCAUGCCCAACAUGUUCUCCAGCAGCACUUUACAGAUCUCCAAGAUGUUUUCAAUGAAAUUCUCUGAGCAGCAGAGCAGCUUUGAGGACAGGAUAGUCCACGGCAAACUCAUCAUGAAACCCUUCAUCCUCAGACAUGUGAAGAGUGUGGUCCUGAUGCAACUGCCUGAUGUCCGUAUUUGCACCAUGUCCGAAAGGCAGCUGAAACUCUACAGUGCUCUCUUCAACAAACUCAAAAGGUUCAAUAAUGGAGAAGGUAUGUAUUUGAGAGAACUGCAUUCUGCGUUAUAAAAGGUACUGGCUUCAGAAUAUUCUAACCAUUCUAAAUCAACCAUGUCUUUUCUGUGAUUGGUUGUGUGCAGAAUGAGCAGAAAAGGCUAAUACCGUCUCUGUCAGCAGUAUUGUGCACUACAGGAAUACCAGCUUGACACAGACGUACUGCUGGACUUAGAGAAGCUCAGCCUCCUCUCACAGCUGCUCAGCUCCCUGAAGGAGAAGCAUCGGCCCAAGUCCAGGCUCAUGACAGGAGAAGGCAUCCAGAAGGAGGGGAGUGAAAAUGGUACAGCAUGUGACGUGUCAGUCCUGAUGCUUAUUGUGCCUCGUCACAGAAUUGGGCUGAUUGACCAGUUCAACACAGACACGGACAUCUUUGUGUUCCUGCUGUCCACCAGAGCUGGAGUGCUGGGCAUUAACUUGACCUCAGCUAAUGUGGUCAUCCUUCGUGAUAUUGACUGUAACCCUUACAAUGACAAACAGGUCGAGGACCACUGCCACCGGGUGGAAGAAACCAGAACAGUGAGGGUGAUUAAGAUGAUAAGCAAAGAAUCCAUAGAGGAUGCCAUGCUCUGCAUUGGACAAAGAAAACUCAAAUUGGAGAAGGAAAUAACUGCUACUUAGGAGGGCGAUGAGGACGCAUUACCUGAUGACAUGACCUCACUACUCAAAACAUCUCUUGGAGGCUGA